AUGCCCUGCAUAUUAUUUUGCAAAAAUCCUGAUAUUUUAUUAGAAAACAAUGAAAUUGAGGAAAUAAUUUCUAAACUACCUAAUGAGAGCCAAUAUGCGUCUGAGACAGCCCACGCUAUAGCAACGUAUGUAGAGGUAGUUGAUAAACUAAUUGCAACAGAAGAAGUACUUAAUGAUGAUAGGAUCAUUGCAGCGGUUCAAGCUGAGGAAAAUGAGGAGCUAAUUGGUGAAGAACAGAAAAAUUCAGAGUCAAAUCUUACACCAGUGGAGUUAGAAUUUUUGAGGAAGUUGCUCAAAAAAUAUAAGCACAUAUAUGAGAAAUCAAAAAAGCAAACAAAAAUUACUAGUUUUUUUGAUUCUCACGAUUUGUAUCAAGAAUCAUAUUUCCAAGACUAUUCCCAAGACUAUUCCCAAGAUUACUCUGAAGAUUACUCUCAAGACUAUUCCCAAGGCUAUUCUCAAGACUAUUCCCAAGAUUACUCUCAAGACCAUUCCAAAGGCUAUUCCCAAGGCUAUUUUCAAGACUAUUCUCAAGACUCAUAUUUACAGGAUUCGUAUCCUCAAGAUUCGCAUAAUCAAGACUCUUAUUCGCAUGAUUCGUAUUCACAAGAUUUGUAUUCACAAGAUUCACAAGACUAUUUGCAGGAAAUGUACUUCUAA